CUUACUCUCUCUAAAAAAAAAUCAAUUAAAUGAUGUUCUUAUAUGGGAGUAUGUUUUGGUGGGACAAGCAACGAAAGGAAUAACCGGUGGUUGAGACGACGUCGUUAAGGCUCUGAUCUCCAUAAGAAGGCAGCAGCAGGAAUCCAUCAAUUCUCCCUGAUCCGCAGCUCACCCCAUAAACAAGGAUUCAUUACUCAACCAAAAUCACACAACGAUGGCGAAACGCUUUGGAUUUGGAUUUUUGGUCUCAUGGUUCCGUAAAAAAAUUGUGGACCCUCUUCACCAAAUCCUUCGCCGGGGAGCCGAGCCCAAGCAGCUGUCAUUCUCCGCUGCGCUCGGAAUCACCUUAGGACUCUUUCCCAUCUGUGGGGUUACUGUGUUUUUAUGCGGGUUAGCUAUUGCGGUACUUGGAUCCCAUUGUCAUGCUCCAACUGUAAUGCUGACUAACUUUAUUGCUACUCCGAUUGAGUUGAGUCUGAUGAUUCCAUUUCUACGAUUUGGUGAAUUCAUUACUGGUGGACCUCAUUUUGCUUUAACUUCUGAUGCUCUUAAGAAAGUGGUCACCGGAAAAGCUUCAUGGGAAGUCCUGCAGAGCAUUUUCCACGCGUUGCUGGGAUGGCUUGUUGCUGCACCAUUUAUUUUUGGAGGCCUCUACGUGUUGUGCUUGCCAUGUUUCAAGAUGUUGGUUUAUAGGUUUGCGGUUGUUCCUUCAAGCCCGAAAAAGCCAAUCACCUCGAUUUCGAGCCCGAGAAAGUCUCCCAACUCCCCCAGUGAAGUCAGGCUAAAGGUCAGGGAUGUAUGACUAUCUGUGAGAAAUGCAAGUGAGCGCUACGGUACGCCAUUGCAAUUGCCAUUGCCAUAAAAAUGGACACACCUUAGAUGUAACAGUUUCAAAACAUUUCUGUACAGGCUGCUAGCAUGUAAAUGUUGUACCCUAUUUUGGCCUACGUGCUGAGAUAUUAAUAUACAAUCUUUAUUUUUUAUG